CGAUAACAAUAUUUCAUAGAAAUAGCUUAACUUUGCUACAGACUUCAGUGAAAUAAUUUCAGUAAAAAUGAGUUUUGAAAAUAAAGUGGUGGUGGUGACAGGCGCUAGCUCCGGGAUUGGGGCCGCCACGGCCAUAGCGUUCUCUAAAGAAGGAGCCCAUGUUGUUCUAGUGGGAAGAAACCAAACUAAGCUUAAUAACGUUGAAGCCAAAUGUAAAGAAAAUGGAAAUCCUCCACUAGUAAUCAAUGCAGACGUUUCUAAACCUGAAGAUGCGGAGAGAAUAAUCAAAGACACCGUCGCUAAAUUUGGCAAAUUGGACGUUUUAGUGAACAACGCAGGAAUAAUUACAUUUUCAUCUGUGAUGGCUGAAAACGCAUUAGAAGUGUUUGAUAAAAUUUUGAAUACUAAUUUGCGUGCGGUUGUUCACCUUACAAAGUUAGCUGCACCUCAUCUUAUUAAGACAAAGGGUAAUAUUGUGAAUGUAUCUAGUGUUGCUGGCCAAAAAGUCAUAGAUAACUGUACAGCCUACCAGACAUCAAAGGCAGGACUUGACCAUUACAGCCGUGGAGCCGCAUUUGAACUUGCUAAAUAUAAUGUGAGAAUAAAUGUUGUUAGUCCAGGACCAGUUUUAACUGAUAUUAUUCAAACAGUACCUGCAGAUUCAAUACCAUCAAUGAACCCGAUGCCGCUCAAUAGAAUAAGUCAGCCCGAAGAGAUUGCCGAUAUAAUUUUAUUCCUGUCUGGUGACAAAGCUGUUGGCAUAACUGGUUCGAUCUUUGUUAGUGAUAAUGGGGCUUUGCUACAGUAACUUAUAUUUAUAAUAGCACAAUGAUGCAUUUUUUUUCUUGUUUUGUACCAGCAGUAUAUAUUAAUAUAUUAAUCCUCGUUCGGUAUUUCAAUCAAUUCAAUUUCCAUCAUAUUUCUGGACUAAAUAAAGUUUUAUUCUAUUAUUACCAAUAA